CUUGCAAUCAGUUGUGAAACUGUAAGAAGAUUUGCGUGUUGACUUAGACUUAUAUUAGUUUUAACCGAAACUACCAUAUAUCUAUUUCUAAAUGUAAAUAAUAGACUAAUGCUAAUAACCACAUACCAAUGAUAAUUUAAUGAAUAAAUCAAAAUGUCUGCUAAGAUAACCCAACCAACUGGACAGAAACGCUUAACAAAUGUAGCUAUUGUCCGACUGAAAAAAGGUGGAAAACGCUUUGAAAUAGCUUGUUAUCCAAAUAAAGUGUCGCAGUGGAGAAGCAAAAUUGAAACAGAUAUAGAUGAAGUUCUUCAAACACAGAAAGUAUUUACUAAUGUUUCCAAAGGGGAGUUUGCUAAAGUGGCAGAUCUGACAAAAAUAUUUGGCACAGGUGAUGAAGCUGAGAUAUGCAAGUUGAUACUUAGUAAAGGUGAAAUUCAAGUUUCUGAGAAGGAGAGAGCAGCUCAAUUGGAUGAAAUGUUUCGUGACAUUGCCACCAUUGUCGCAGACAAAUGUGUUCACCCGGAGACCAAGAGACCCUACCCAGUCACCAUGAUAGAGAAGUCAAUGAAGGCUAUGCACUUCUCUGUAAAGCCCUCUAAGAACACAAAGCAGCAGGCUUUAGAAGUAAUCAAACAACUUAAAGAGACUGGGACACUUGAAAUACAGAGAGCUCACAUGAAAUUAAGAGUGGUCGUGCCUGGAAAAUUUGGUAAGAAAAUCAGAGAUCAUCUUCAUAAAAUUGCAUUGGAGACAGAAGAAGACAGUUUUGAAAAUGAUUUAGAAAUGGUCAUUCUGGUAGAUCCUGGUUGCUACAGAGAGAUUUUUGAUUUGGUAACAUCAGAAACAAAGGGCAAAGGUCAAGUUGAAAUGCUCAGUCUGAAAGAAGUGGAGGAAGGGGAAGAGAAAUUGUAGUGAAAAUCAAAAUGGCUGCUUACACAUUUUUGGUUCUGUUUUGUAUACAUUACCUAGAGAGUUAUUCCCCCCCCCCCCCCUAAUUUGAGUUGAUAUGUACUGCUCCUAAUCAUACAAAAUUGUUUGUGGAAAUUUAACUAGAAGUAGAUCACUGUAAUAGAAGUCAGGUGAUUUUUUUAUGAUCAGAGAGCAUAUUUUUUUAGAAGACAAAAAAAAAAAAAAGUCAUUUACAUUUAUGUACAUGAAUAGAUAGGCUACCAGUGAUCACUGAAGUCCGCUGCAUUCAUGCUAUAUAUUAAGCAAAGCUGAAGAUGAACUUCAAGGAAUUCAGUUUGAAUCUAAAAUGUGGUCAUUGAUACAUUAAGUUUAGAUUCUAACAUAUGAGCUUAAAUAAAGUAUGUAAAAUCAAACUUUAGCCAUAAUUAUAUACAUUUAGUAAAAUCAUCAGAUGACAUCGUUGUAGUUGUUGAAUGGUAUAGAGUGACUAAAACAUGUACAUGUGGACUCAACAAAACAUUUGUGUAGUUUGGUUACCAUUGAUGCAUAACAUUUUUGUUGUACUUUGAAGUGAAAGAAACUUUACUUUUUUUUUUUUUUUUGCCUGUACAAUCAUUGUAAGAUGUAUGAAUGACAGUGCAUGUGGAAUGGUUUGUUAUGUUUUCUAAGCUUGUGAUAGAAUAAGUUGUUGUUUUUGUUUAUUUUCUUCUUGCCGUCAUUUGAAAGACCCAUUUAAUGAAUAAUUGCAGUCUUUGUCUCAGUGAUUAAAGUGCAGAAAGAUACAAUCAAAAUAAUUGAAGUCUUAUAAAGAAAACAUUUGGAUUCUGUCCUAUCCUAACUAAAUGGUUGACAUUUUUGUUUGUUCUUUUGUUCUGAAGUCUAAAAAAAGUAUUGCCCAUGGUGUACUUGCUUGAAACAAUUUAGUCAUUAAUAAAAUUUUGUAUUCAAUUCCCACUGAUACCAUGUCACUUUACUAACAAGGAGUAUUUAUUCUUGCAAUAUUUAUUGAAAUUUUCAAUAAAGGAAAUUAUUUAAACACA